AUGGGUAGCGCAGUCGCCAUGAGAGUUCUUUCCCUGUUCAUCUUUUUUGCUCUUCUCUGUUUCCCCUCGGAAUCCCGGUUCCUGUCCGAAAACCCUAACCAUGGGAACACCUCCGCCCACGAACUGCUCCGGGUCCAUGGAUUUCCCCCGGGGCUCAUCCCAAGGAACGUCCUGGGAUAUUCCCUCAACGACGCCACCGGCGAGUUUGCCCUCGAUCUCGGGGACAGCUGCCGCGUGAACCUCCCCCCGGAUAAUUAUCUGGCGGCCUACUCCAGGAAGCUGACAGGGAAGCUCCAGGACGGCCGGAUCGCGGAGCUGGACGGGAUUCGCGUGCGGGCCUUCUUCCGAUGGUGGUCAAUCACGGGGAUCCGCUCCUCUGGAGACGACCUGGUCUUCGAGGUCGGUGUCGCCUCCGCCAAGUACCCGUCCAGGAACUUCAACGCGAGCCUCGAGUGCGAGGGCCGGAAGUCAACUUGA